UGAUGUCCUGGAUGAUUUUGAGUACAUGAAGCUUGAAGAACAACUGGAGCUCAACAUGGGGGAAAAAAAGGUGCGUUCUUCAUUCACUACAUUAUUUUCGGAACCUGCUCGCAAACUUCGUAGAGUCUGCGAACGAGUUCUCAAAAUCGAUCCCAACUUGGAGAGACUUGAGGCAGUUGUGAAGAAACUUGAAAAAGUUUCAGCUGAGGUCAGUACUUUCCUUCAUCUCAUCGAAAACGCAAAGCAGGAGCAGCAGGAGCUGGAGCAUCAGUUGUACAGAGAUCGUGAAUCAGGAUGCUUGCCUAAAAAUGAUCUCAUCGGUCGAGGCGAGGAGAAGGAUUUUGUUAUGCAGUGGUUGAGGAAGCCAACAAAAGAAGAUCCAAAUCAUACUUUAUACAAAAACAUUUCUCUUCUAUUCAUAGUGGGUCAUGGUGGCAUGGGCAAGACAACUCUCUUUCAACACAUCUAUGAAUCUGUGAAAGAAGAAUUUGAACUGAAUAUGUGGGUUUGUGUUUCCAACGACUUUGAUGCAAAAAAGGUGAUUGCCGAUAUGUUGGAAUGUCUUAACAAAGAGAGGCCUCGUUUGGAGUCACUCGCUGUCGUUCAAGAGAAUCUUAAAGCUGUUGUGCAAUCCAAAAGGUUCUUGCUUGUUCUGGAUGACAUUUGGGAAGAAGAUAUGAGCAAAUGGGAGAAUGUACUCUGCCCUCUAGUUUACGGUGGUUUGGGAAGUAAAAUUUUGUUAACUACCCGGAUGGAUACAGCUGCAUCGGCGAUUGUAAAUGUGAUUAGUAAGGAUAAGGAAAUUUAUCCAUUAAAAGGCUUAGAGGAAGAUGUGUGUUUGAAGCUACUCAACACUCAUGCAUUUGCUGGUGUAGAGAACCUUGGUGCUCAUAAAAAAUUAAAAGACAUUGCUAGUUCGAUCGUUAAAAAGCUUUCAGGCUCUCCAUUGGCCGCAAAGGUCAUUGGCGGUGUUCUCAAUUCUAACUUGACUGAGAGAUUUUGGAUGAAAAUUUUAGAAAGUAAUGUUCUAAACGUAGAACCAAAACCGGGUCGCAAUAACAUUUUGUCUAUCUUAAGUUUGAGUUUUACGCUCCUCCCACAAUCUCUACAAAAUUGUUUUGCAUUUUGUGGCCUAUUCCCACAAGAUCAUGAGUUUGAUAAAGAUGAUUUAGUUCGAAUGUGGAUUGCAUUGGGUUUCAUUCAGGAAUCUUAUAAUGAAGGAGAGACUUUGGAAGAUAUUGGAGGAAGGUAUUUUGAUGUUUUUAUCAGAAAAUCUUUCUUUGAUGAGUUUCAAUAUCGUGAGAGAAUAUACUAUAAGAUGCAUGAUUUAUUACAUGAUUUAGCACGGUCUAUUUCUUCAGAGGAAUGUUUCGAAUUUGUGGGAGAUGAUUUUUUAUCUUUUAAAGUUCCUAAAAAUGUUCGACACUUAUUUGUUAAAACUGAAAAUCCAGAAGUGUUGAGAAUGAUUAAAGAUGUUAAAAAUCUACAUUCCCUUUUUUUGACAACCGAUGAUCAAGCUUUUACUGAAAUACUUACUGAAAUUUUUGAAGCAUCGAAAAGAAUUCGUUUACUGUUCAUACACUCUCCAUGGCAGGAAAAGAUGUCUGAGGCUAUUAAAAAUUUGAAACAUCUUCGAUACUUGAGUCUUACUGCACGUCUCACUCAUAUGCCAAGAUCUCUAAGCAGUCUUUAUCAUUUGCGGUUCAUAAUCUAUAACAAGUUAUUGGGAUCUUGCUCUGAUGAUUUCUUGCCUGGCAAUGCGAGUAAUCUUUCUAAUCUGCGUUACUUGGAAUUGCCCCCGAAUGUAUUUUCUAGGGUACCUGGAAUUGGGAAAUUAAGGUCACUUCAAGAACUAACUGAGUUUAAUGUUAAGAAUGAGAAUGGUUAUGGAAUUGGGGAGUUGGAACAUUUGAGCCAGUUGCGCAAAUUAAAAAUACAUUUUAUGGAAAAUGUGAAGGAUGCUAGCGAGGCUCGCAGUGCAAAAUUAUUUGAGAAGAGAAAACUCACAGAUUUAUUAUUGAAUUGGGGUAAUACUGAAUUUGGAAGCCUACGGAAGACUGUCAAUUCUGACUUAGAUGUGAAUGUGCUUGAAAAUCUUGAACCAUACAAAAAUUUGAAAAGAUUGUCCAUAGUUUCAUAUGAGGGUUCAAGAUCAGCAAAAUGGAUGCACAAUGUCGAUUUGAUCUCCAAUCUAGAGUACAUCCAUCUGGACGAGUGUUCGGAGUGGGAAACUCUUCCUCCUUUUGGGCAGCUUCCCCACCUCAAGUCACUAUACCUUCGUAACAUGCCAAAAGCAAAGCGGCUUGACCAUAAAUUCCAUGGGAAUUACAAGGUUUCCGUGGUUCCAUUGUUGGAGGGGCUAAAUAUUAAGGGAUUACAAGUAUUGGAGGAUUGGUUUGAUGGAGCAGGAGCAACAGCAUACGACUGUUUCUUUCCUUGCUUAACGGAACUCUUUCUCGAUAACUGCCCAAAUCUGCAGGAGUUGCCCCAUUUGCCUCCUAAGCUCAAGAAAAUGAAAAUACAAAAAAUUGGAUGGAAGGCUGCUUUGAACUGGAAGCAAGAAACCAACAGCUGUUGCGGCAUUUCAAAAUCGAUUCCCCCUGAGACAUUAGAGGUCCUUUCGUGUCCAAGCAUCACAUCUCUUCUUUCUCUUGGUGGACUGCAACAAGUGGAGAGUGGCAUUGAGAAAUUCCAGCUUAUUCUCAGUGAAAUUGUUAUAGAUGACCCAUCCUUAUUGCCAACAGUGAGUAUCGCCUCUUUUGGAAAGCUCACAAUUUGUAAUAAUGAGGGGCUGGUUUCUUUUACAAUUGAGGCGGAGCAGUGGUUUUCGCACGUUAGCUCAUCCCUUCGUGAGUUGAACUUUAGAGACCUCAAAUCCCUGCAGUCUCUCCCUUCCUCCUUGGAACGCCUCUCUUCAGUUGAGAUUCUACGCAUCGAAAAAGUUCCUCAGCUCCAGCAGCUUCUACACAUCCCCGCCUCCCUGACAGAAUUAUGCCUUGAAUACCUGGAAUCAUUGCAGUGCCUGCCAUCUUCUUUGUCGGCCAUCUCAUCCCUCGCCUAUUUAAAAUUAGACAGCAUUCCACUCCUCAAAUCAUUGCCAGUACUCCCUCCCUCUCUGUCUCGUCUGUCUAUAAAUAGUCUUGAUAACCUACAGUGCCUGCCAUCUUUGUCGGCUAUCUCAUCCCUCAAGCAUAUACAUUUAGUUAGCAUUUCACUCCUCAAAUCAUUGCCAGAACUCCCUCCCUCUUUGUCUGAACUGCAUCUAUAUAAGCUUGACAACCUACAGAGCCUGCCAUUUUCUUUGUCGGCCUUCUCAUCCCUCAACCAUCUGUAUUUAAAUAGCAUUCCACUCCUCAAAUCAUUGCCAGAACUCCCUCCCUCUUUGUCUGAACUGCAUCUAUAUAAGCUUGACAACCUACAGAGCCUGCCAUUUUCUUUGUCGGCCUUCUCAUCCCUCAACCAUCUGUAUUUAAAUAGCAUUCCACUCCUCAAAUCAUUGCCAGAACUCCCUCCCUCUUUGAACUAUCUGCAUAUAAAUAGUCUUGAUAACCUAGAGUGCCUGCCAUCUUCUUUUUCGGCCAUCUCAUCCCUCAACCGUCUAUAUUUAUAUAGCAUUCCACUUCUCGAAUCAUUGCCAGAUCUCCCGUCCUCCCUGAAUUCACUGUCUCUACGGAGACUUGAUAAGUUACAGUGCCUGCCAUCUUCUUUGUCCGCCAUCUCAUCCCUCAACCGUAUAUGGUUACAUAACAUUCCGCUCCUCAAAUCAUUGCCAGACCUCCCUUCCUCCUUGUGUUCAAUAAGAGUAACAGAUUGUCAUCCAGAGCUGAUGAAGCGUUAUAACAAAGAAUCUCCUAUUGAAGGAGAGACUUUGGAAGAUUUUGGAGGAAGGUAUUUUGAUGUUUUGGUCAGAAAAUCUUUCUUUGAUGAGUUUCAGCAGUGUGAGAGAAUACACUAUAAGAUGCAUGAUUUAUUGCAUGAUUUGGCACAGUCUAUUUCUUCAAAGGAAUGUUUCGGAUUUGUGGGAGAUGAUGUUUUAUCUUUUGAAGUUCCUAAAAAUGUUCGACACUUACUUGUUAAAACUGAAAAUCCAGAAGUGUUGAGAAUGAUAAAAGAUGUCAAAAAUCUACGUUCGCUUUUUCUUAUCAGUGAAAGACAUAGUCAAUGUUUUACUGAAAUACUUACUGAAAUUUUUGAAACAUCGAGAAGGAUUCGUUUGUUGUUCAUAUACUCUCCAUGGCAGCGAAAGAUUUCUGAGGCUAUUAAAAAUUUGAGACAUCUUCGAUAUCUGAAUCUUGCUGCACGUCUGACUCAGAUGCCAAGAUCUCUAAGCAGUCUUUAUCAUUUGCGGUUCAUAAUCUAUAAAAAUGUGCUUGGGGAAUCUUGCUCUGAUGAUUUCUUGCCUAGCAAUGUGAGUAAUCUUUCUAAUCUGCGUUACGUGGAAUUGCCCCCGAAUGUAUUUUCUAGUGUACCUGGAAUCGGGAAAUUAAGAUCACUUCAAGAACUAAAUGAGUUUAAUGUUAAGAAUGAGAAUGGUUAUAGAAUUGAGGAGUUGGAACAUACGAGGGAGUUGCGCAAAUUAAACAUUCAUUUUCUGGAAAACGUGAAGGAUGCUAUAGAGGCUGGCAAUGCAAAAUUAUUUGAGAAAAGAAAGCUCACAGUUUUAUACUUGAAUUGGGGCAAUAUCGGUAAUGAACGGAAGAUUGUCAAUUCUGACUUAGAUGUGAAUGUGCUUGAAAAUCUUAAACCAUACAAAAAUCUCAAGAGAUUGUGCAUAGUUUCAUACAAGGGUGUAAGCCCUGCAGAAUGGAUGUACAAUGCAGAUUUGAUCUCCAAUCUGGAGUACAUCAGUCUGAACGGGUGCUCGGAGUGGGAAACUCUUCCACCUCUUGGGCAGCUUCCCCACCUCAAGUCACUGGACCUUUGUAACAUGCCAAAAGCAAAGCGGCUUGAUCAUAAAUUCCAUGGGAAUGACAAGGUUUCUGUGUUUCCAUCGUUGGAGGUGCUAAGUAUUAUCGAAUUACAAGUAUUGGAGGAUUGGUUCGAUGGAGCAGCAGCAUAUGACUGUUUCUUUCCUUGCUUAAGGGAACUCUACCUCCAUAACUGCCCAAAUCUGCAGGAGUUGCCCUACUUGCCUCCUAAGCUCAAGGAAAUGAGUAUACGAAACAUCGGAUGGAAGGCUGCUUUGAACUGGAAGCAAGAAACCAACAACUGUUGCGGCAUUUCAAGAUUGAUUACCCUUGAGACAUUAGAGGUCCUUUCGUGUCCAAACAUGACAUCUCUUCUUUCUCUUGGUGGACUGCAACAAGUGGAGAGUGGCAUUGAGAAAUUCCAGCUUAUUGUCAGUGAAGUUGUUAUAGAUGACCCAUCCUUGUUGCCAACGGUAAGUAUCCCCUCCUUGGAAAAGCUCACAAUUUGUAAUAAUAACGUGCUGGUUUCUUUUACAAUUGAGGCGGAGCAGUGGUUUUCUCGCGUUAGCUCAUCCCUUCGUCAGCUGAGCUUUACAGGCCUCAAAUCCCUGCAGUCUCUCCCUUCCUCCUUGAAACACCUCUCUUCACUUGAGAUUCUACGUGUCAAAAAAGUUCCUCAGCUCCAGCAGCUUUUACACAUCCCCGCCUCCCUGAAAGAAUUACAUCUUCAAUACCUGGACUCAUUGCAGUGCCUGCCAUCUUCUUUGUCGAACAUCUCAUCCCUCGCCCAUUUGAAAUUUCAAAGCAUUCCACUCCUCAAGUCAUUGCCAGACCUCCCUUCCUCCUUGUCUGCUCUGGAUAUAAUUUGUCUUGAUAACCUAGAGUGCCUGCCAUCUUCUUUGUCGGACAUUUCAUCCCUCAGGCAUCUAUUCUUAUAUAGCAUUCCACUCCUCAAAUCAUUGCCAGACCUCCCUUCCUUCUUGUGUUUAGAAGUAGAAGAUUGUCAUCCAGAGUUGAUGGAGCGUUAUGAAGAAUAUUGAGGUUCUGAUUGGCACAAGAUUGCGCAAAAAAAAAAUUUUCGUCGUUUGGUUUUCGCGGCAGCGGCCGGCGAAAGCUGAAAAAGGCGGAACGUCGGGCCGCAGAUAUGACCCCGCGUCCCGCGUGGAAACGCUUUAAUCCCUCUGCUACCCUCGCGCUAUCCCUCGACUCAUCUGCCCUCGACGCGAAGCCGACCCGCUCUGCUCCCUCGACCCUUCUGCACUCGACGCGAAGCCCACCAGCCGAUCUCCUCCCUCGACGCUUCUGCCCGUGCCGACCGCAGCCUCCCAAGCUUCAGCCAGGCGGGAAGGAAUCACCUGUACGACGCUGCACCAUUCCCACAGCCCGUUCAUCACAUCUCUCUCUUCGCCUUCACACGUUUGGGAAGAAUCCGCCAUUGCUUCCCUCCGCCAGCUUCAGUAUUACU